AUGGAUGUUCAGGAAGAUUAUGACAUCGGCGACAACGAGGAAGGGUAUACUACUGAUAACGAGAAGUUCGCUUUACUCGCAGACGAGGACAUCGAGCGGUCGAUUAAGCCCAAUUUUUAUCAGCGGUGUCGAGAGAUUCGCAAAAGUAACCAGGACGUUUUGAAUCGAAUGAGAAGCGUUUACGUGGAUCAUGCGUUCGUACAGGAGACCAUAGAGAAACUCGGAGGAGAGCAGACUUUGCCUGUUGUCUUUGCGAAUUUGCGGUGCGGCGCGUGGUAUACGGAUUUACGGAAAGCAAAAACGUGCACAUUCAAAUCCAUCGACGGACAUAACUUAAAUCACCAAUUUUCGCAAAGUCGGUUGAAUACGCACGUUUUGUUAGAAGCGAGUCGAGAUGGAUCAGCAUCUAAAGUCAUCAUAGUGGACGCGACGAAGAGUAAAACGAAACGGUUUCCAGACGCUUUGGCCAAGACUGUUCCGAUAUGGUGUGCGACUAUUAAUCGAGCGUGCGAAGUGAUUGUAAAAAACGCUCGGAUUGAAAAAGAUGAAUUUCCGGAUUUCUUGAGCGAAAACGAAUUACACGCGAUUGAGACGAAAAUGGCGUCGUUCGUGGAGACAUUUUUGAGCGUGGUUCCCGAGACACACUUCGCGGAGAUUAAAGAAGGUUUGGAAAAGUCUGGACCGCUUCACUGUGAGUACGUUUGUAGGAACAAUUUGGAGAAUAUCGUCGUGAGAAGUCGGGAAAAAAAGAAGGCGACGGUUUUGUAUCUUCUGAGCGCCUCGAUGCCGCUGACGAAAUCCGGAGAGAGAUGUAAAUUCGAACUAGGUAAUAAGACGAUAUCGUACAACUACUUUCCGGGUGCCGCAGACGACGAGGAAACGUGGGCUUUCGAUUUAACACCGAAGCAGUUCCAACGACACAUGGAGAAGUUUGUUUCGUGCGAAAGCUCAAAAGCGUGCGAACGUUUAAUCAGAGAAGUGAUACAAACGGGCAGCGAGGAUGACAUGGACGGGAAUGAAAAUGAGGAUGUGUUUAUAUCCUUAAAAGAUGCUUUAGACUCAAAUGUAUACGUUGGAACGUUUCAAGCGCUUCUCAAUGGGAACGCGAGAGAGGAGGAUGUUCACGCGGUUUUAUACGUUGGUUCAAAACACUCGCCCAAUUUUUCAGUCAAGCGCGAAGACACGAAGGACUAUUUACACGUGCCUUUAAAGUUUGCUAAGCAGAAAAGAGGUGAUAUAGAAGAAAAAUUACCGAUAUGCGUGGAGUUUUUGAUGAAACAUGCAACCACAGAAGGUAAAAAUACAGGCGUUUUCGUGUGUUGCGACGAUGCGAAAGAUCUCUCGAUUGCAGUCAUCGCUGCGUUUCAGUUGGUCAAGAACAAAGCACACUUACCGGUAGACUUUACGAAAGAAACAGUCAGAAAAGUUCUACUGCUGAUCGCGACUCAACAUUCGAUUGCUAAUCCUUGUCAAGGCACUGUGAAGCAAGUGUAUGCGUACAAGAAUAGAACCACGUGA